GUCACUGCGUAAAAGAAAGUGAAGGAAUGCCGCAGAGCAUGAGGCGGUAUCCGGUUUGUCCCAUUGUCAUUUCUGCCACAGCAAUGGCUGGAGUAGCUAUCGAAUCCGAAGACAUGACAGUAACACCCGUGGGCCAAUCCUGCAACUCCAAGUGUGAGCACUCUUGCUGCCUACGUACUUACGGUUUAUCCACAGAUCCAGUGCAGUGCUCGGCGGACUCCAAAGGUUGGAACAACAAGAAUGAUUUCGGGUUUUACUGCAGCUCUACAGGCACGAUCCUAUCAGUCACACCAUGCGACUGUAAAGACUGCUGUACCGUGAUUGAUCAUGGAAAUGGUUUCGUCUGUCAUCAUGAGGUUCUGUCUUUCGCUGCUGCCUUUCGAGUCCGAGUGCUAAUGUGAUUGAUUAACAGCCUGGGCGUAAAGGACAUCUGUGAUGUAGAAUCAAUAUUAAUUACCUUGGUCGUACAAGGUCAC